ACAAAGUGAAUCUACAGCGGUGAAUCGCAGAAAAAACGAAGAAAAAAAAGGAAAAAAGGUAGAGAUGGAUUUACCUUGUCUCUGUCCACACGAUUAUUUUCCAAUCUUGUACUGUGCCGCUGACACCCGAAGAUAUCCAUCAGCUUUAUCGAUCCAUGGUGAAAUUCAUCAUCACCUCUCCCCCUCUCUCCUCAUUUCCCCCCACUGACAUAGAAUUACCUGCACACUUCCUCACGCACGCACGCAUAUUCAAACAAAUUCACACACACACUCACACACACACACGCUAUCCCCGCUGCCGAUUGCAGCAGGCCUCUGAUUCUCCCCAAUUCCAUCCUCUCCCCGUAUAAAUCCCCAAUUCAACACUCCAGAUCGCAGAAUCCGAUCUCAAUGGAGAACAACAACGCCGCCUUACCUCCUGGCUUCCGAUUCCACCCCACCGACGAGGAGCUCAUCACGUACUACCUCCUGAAGAAGGUCCUGGACUGCGAUUUCGCCAGCCGCGCCAUCGCCGAGGUCGAUCUCAACAAAUCGGAGCCGUGGCAGCUUCCAGGGAGGGCGAAGAUGGGGGAGAAGGAGUGGUACUUUUUUAGCCUGCGCGAUCGGAAGUAUCCGACGGGGCUGAGGACGAACCGCGCGACGGAGGCCGGGUACUGGAAGGCGACGGGGAAGGAUCGGGAGAUUUACAGCUCGAGAAGCGGAGCGAUGGUGGGGAUGAAGAAAACCCUAGUUUUCUAUAGGGGAAGAGCGCCAAAAGGGGAGAAGAGUGAUUGGGUUAUGCAUGAGUAUCGCCUUGAAGGGAAGUUUGCUUAUCACUACUUGUCUCCUAAUUCUAAGGGAGAGUGGGUGAUCUCUCGCCUCUUCCAGAAGAUCGGCGUCGGCAGCUCCUCCUCCGCCGCCAAGAAGCGGCCCGCCGCCGCCGUGAGCUCAAACCCUGAAAUCAGCUCUGCGUCGUCCGCCUCCCUCCCGGCCCUUCUCGAGCCCUCCACGGCCUCCAGCUGCUCCUACGACGACGUCAAGGAGCACGUGUCCUGUUUCUCCAACAACUCUCUUUUCCUUCCGCCACCGCCGCCGCCAAUGGUGUCGGAGCUUCCUCCGUCGUCGUCGUCCUAUGCUUCUUAUUGGCCAAGGCACGGGCUUGGGGUUCCGGCCUUCCCGAGCCUGAGAUCGCUGCAGGAGAAUCUCCAGCUGCCGUACUUCUUUGCGCCGCCGCCGCCGCCUCCGGCGGCGGGGGAGGGCGGCGCCGAUCAGAUGGGGUGUUAUGGAAAUGUUGGGAGUGAGCUGGAUUGCAUGUGGCGUUAAUCCUGACCUAGGAAUAUGGGUGUCUAUGUUAGUUAGUUUGAGUGGAGGUUAAUUUCUAGCUUGUUAUGGGAAUGUGGAACAUGUGUGCGUGUGAGACAUUUAAUGUUUUCGGUUUUAUGUUAGUACUUUUGUUGUGGGGCUGCUUGUAAGAACUUAUUGUUAACUCGUUGUGUUGGUUAUCUAGCAUCAUGUAGUAGUUUACGUCGAGUAAUUAACAUUUAUCUUUUCCCUUUCCAUUUUAUAUAUAUGUUGAAACCUUGUAGUAGUACGUAGUUAUAUUUGGACC